AUGUCCUUCUUUGUUCCAAGGUCGAAGCAAACUGAACAGGAAUCGAAGAAAUCGGUCCCUUGGGUAGAAUUAUAUCGUCCCAAAUCUUUAGACCAAGUUUCUUCUCAGGAAGCUACUAUCCAGGUGCUAAAAAAGACUUUAUUGUCCAGCAAUUUACCACACAUGCUCUUCUAUGGCUCUCCUGGUACAGGAAAAACUUCAACUAUUUUAGCCUUGGCUCGAGAGCUCUUUGGGCCUCAGCUUAUGAAGUCAAGAAUUUUGGAAUUAAAUGCUUCUGAUGAGCGAGGUAUCUCCAUUAUUCGAGACAAGGUGAAAACUUUCGCCAAGACAACUGUUUCAAAUUCAGUAGAUGGGUAUCCAUGCCCUCCUUUUAAAAUUAUUAUUCUUGAUGAGGCUGAUUCAAUGACUCAAGACGCUCAAGCAGCUCUUCGUCGAACCAUGGAAAUGUAUGCAAAAAUUACCAGAUUCUGUUUAAUCUGUAAUUAUAUGACUAGAAUUAUCGAUCCUCUAGCCAGUCGUUGUAGUAAGUAUCGCUUUAAGCCUUUGGAUUCAGAAAAUAUCACUAAAAGGCUUGAACUUAUUGCAACAGAUCAAAAUGUCCAAAUGGAAACCGGUGUUAUUGAUGCCCUCGUAGAAUAUUCUGGCGGUGAUAUGAGAAAGGCUAUUACAUUUUUACAGAGUGCCGCUACUCUUCAUCAGGGAAGCCCAAUCACUGUAGCAAGUAUCGUUGAACUCGCAGGAGCUGUUCCUUUAAAUAUUAUUCGUACUUUGCUUGAUACAGCGUACACAAAAAAUAUUUUAAAGAUUGAAGCUAUGACACGCGAAAUAGAAGCAGAAGGUUAUUCAACCGGAAUUGUUUUAUCACAGCUGCAUGAUGUUUUAUUAAGUGAAGAAACACUCAGCAGUCCAGCAAAGCACAAAAUUUUCUUAAAAUUAUCAGAAGUCGAUAAGCGUCUUACUGAUGGAGCCGAUGAAUCACUUCAAUUAUUAGACCUUCUCUCCUUUAUUUCAGUUGUUGCUUAA